AUGAAAACGAUGACUGGAUCAAACGAAUUCAAACUAAAUCAAACUCCAGAUGAUGGUAUUUCGUCAGUGAAGUUUAGUCCAAACACCUCACAGUUCCUGCUUGUUUCAUCCUGGGACACAACUGUCCGGCUCUAUGAUGUUCCUGCCAAUACCAUGAGACUCAAAUAUCAGCAUUCAGGAGCUGUUCUUGACUGUGCUUUUUAUGAUCCUACCCAUGCUUGGAGUGGAGGAUUAGAUCAGCAACUAAAAAUGCACGAUUUAAACACGGACCAAGAGAACCUUGUUGGUGCCCAUGAUGCUCCUAUCAGAUGUGUUGAGUAUUGCCCAGAAGUGAAUGUCAUGGUGACAGGAAGCUGGGAUCAAACAGUUAAACUGUGGGAUCCCAGAACUCCUUGUAAUGCAGGAACCUUCUCUCAACCUGAAAAGGUCUACACGCUUUCUGUGUCUGGAGAUAGACUAAUCGUGGGCACUGCAGGUCGGAGAGUGCUGGUGUGGGAUUUGAGGAACAUGGGUUACGUUCAGCAGCGAAGAGAAUCAAGUCUGAAAUACCAGACCCGCUGUAUCAGAGCGUUUCCCAAUAAACAGGGUUAUGUUUUAAGUUCUAUUGAAGGUCGUGUUGCAGUGGAAUACUUGGAUCCAAGUCCAGAAAUCCAGAAGAAGAAAUAUGCAUUCAAAUGUCACCGUUUGAAGGAAAAUAACAUUGAGCAGAUUUAUCCAGUCAAUGCGAUUUCUUUCCAUAAUGUCCACAACACGUUUGCUACAGGAGGCUCUGAUGGAUUCGUAAAUAUUUGGGAUCCAUUUAAUAAAAAGCGGCUGUGUCAGUUCCAUCGGUAUCCCACAAGCAUCGCAUCACUUGCCUUCAGCAAUGAUGGAACUACCCUUGCAAUAGCUUCUUCAUAUAUGUAUGAAAUGGAUGACAUUGAACAUCCUGAAGAUGGUAUCUAUAUUCGCCAAGUGACAGAUGCAGAAACAAAACCAAAGUGA